ACAAACCCUGACCACCACCACACACAAACAAACCCUGACCACCACCACACACAAACAAUCCCUGACCAGCACCACACACAAACAAACCAUGACCACCACCAACACAAACAAACCCUGACCAGCACCACACACAAACAAACCCUGACCACCACCACACACAAACAAACCCUGACCACCACCACACAACAAACCAUGACCACCACUACGUACAACCUAGCCAUCAUCACUUCUUGACAACCCAGCAAACAAAGUACGUAAACAGCUAAAAAUAAACAGAUUUUUGUUGAUUGUGCUUCUCUGAUAAUAGACAUCGUAAUUACCAGUUUUAAAUCAGUUUUUCACACACUUAGUUUUGACUUAAACGAAGAGCCUUUGAAAAUAUCUCCGCUUUAUUUUUCAGACACAGCAGCAGAAACAGUGAAUGGGGAACAAGAAUAACACAAAACGCAACGAACAGCAGCACUAGAAGAAACAUGAAAAAUAAUACUAGUAAUAGUAGCAGUUUUAGUGGAAUUGAUGUUGGUAGUAUUAGUGGUAAUAUUAACAGAAACUCCAGCAAAAGCAGCAGCAGCAGCAGUGGGAGUAGCAACAAUAGCAGCAGUAGCAGAGGCAAUAGCAGUUGGAAUAGUAGCAGUAGAAGUAAUAGCAGCAGCAAUAGUAGUAUCAGUAAUAGUAGCAAGAAUAUUAAUAGCAGCAGCAACAGCAACGGCAGUAGUAGUAGUAAUAGCAACAGCAUCAGUAGUACCAGCAAUAGCAAUAGUAUCAGUAGCAACAAUAGUAGUAGUAUCAGUAUGGAGGUGUGGUCAGCAACGAAUGGAUGGGGUUUAAAGGUGGAAAGGUGCCACCCACACCCCUACCACCACACCUGUGUCACCUUUCCCCCAUUUAUCACCCAAGGGCUCAACCUACCCCCAAAAGAAGCUCACCCACACACCCCACCCACUCAGGGUGAAGGGAUCACCCUCUCCGUAAUCAAUCAGAGGAAACCAGCUCUAAUCUUCCACAGGGUGUUCCCACUUGGGUUGUAUUGGGCUCACUGGGCGGACCUGGAGUGGCACUUGGAGCGCGUGGCACCGGGGCGGGUAGUGGUGAUGACGGUGUCAGUGUUUGGCGCUAUUGGACUUCGUCACGCUGCUCAAAGCCUCGCCCAUUUGGGUUCAGUCUUUGCCCUUUACCUCACGCCCCGGGCUUGUUGGACGUGGGUGUUCAUCAAGGGUGGACGCACCAUCUCAGAGACUGUUAUUCUUCAAGGCAUCGCUCAACACAAGGCGCACCUCAUCCUUCCUCUGUCACACAUGCCGAUGCCAUGGAACUCCAACAAGAACCAGAGGGUUGAAGAAGAGCGCUGGCAGUACUGCGAGGCUCAUGGUGCCAUGGGUGGGCUCUGUGAUGAGUGGUCCCCAGACCCAUUACCAUUGCUCUCUGCUCCACCCGUGGGUCAGCAGACGACCCUUGCUGGGGUGGGUGUGGUGGUGACAGCAGGUAAUAGACACCAGUAUCUCUACCACACCCUCACCACCCUGCUGGCCACACCAGGGGCACAACAACACAACGUCCUCGUUGUCCUCGGUGAUGCCCCGCCGUCCACAACACAACUUCUUCGUCUUCUCGACAUCAACUUCACCAAAGUUGCCAUCCAGGGACAAGACAAUACUAAGCUCUUCCGCUACUACCGCAGUGUUUUCCAAUUAGCAGUCAACACCUUCCCCGACGCUCCAGCGGUCAUAUUCCUCGAUGAAGACGUCGAAGUCUCGCCAGACUUCUUCUCCUUCAUGAGCCAGACUCUCUGGCUGCUCCACGCUGACCCAACUAUCUAUUGCAUCAAUGCUUUCUCUAUCACAGGUGUGUCUAACCGAACUUUCAAUCCCUCACGAGUUUUCCGAGGUUCCGUUCAGGUCAUGUGGGGGUACGCGGUGACGCCCCAAUUUAUCCAGGAAGCCUUGAUCAAGUGGCCGGAAGACGAGCAUAACACCAACAUGAUAAUCUAUGACUUUUGGCUUUACAUGAAUGUCAGGCGAGGAAGAGAAUGCGUCUUUCCGGAAGUUGGCCGUAGCUCUCACUAUGGCGUGGGCACCAACUACCAUUCUCUGUUAGCGGAGGUGGCCUUUGUGGGCAGGCCGAUGGUCCGGGAAUCCGGCGUGCCUUUGGUCGGAGUUUCAAAACUUCAGCUGCCUACCUGGCGCCAGGAGCUCUCUAACAACAUUACCGCAGCAACACCGCUCCUGGGUAAUCCUUGCAAUGAAGAUUUCAUGCCCUCACUCAACCCAAAGCAGCUCUAUGUGUUCUACUACAGGCAGGACACCAAUGAGAAAGGCACACCAGAUGGGAGGCAGUAUUUUGUUUUGCUUGAUUGUGUGGGUGGGUGGGCGCAGUCUGUCCAGGGCCAUCACGAGGGGGUGAGCAUCAUAACCAUCUCAAUCUUCACUACUCUCUACGUGGUGGGGAUUCCCUACUCCUCCUACUCUCAUCUUAAGCCUCCAGGUCUCCAGCUGUGGAACGUCGACAGCCUCUCAGAAGAGGAGUUCUGAGUAGUAAAUCUCAAGAAAUUCUGCUUUUAGAUUUUACUCCUAGUAGCGAGUUUAUUGGGCAGCACCACUCAUCCUUCAAGUGUACUUUCCUAAAAGCUAAAUAAAUGGCUUGCUAUUGGUGGUAUUACCUCUAUCUUCGGAUGUUUGAAUAUCCACGAAUCAUUGCCUUUAUAAUGAAGAAUUUUUGUUUCUGCAGGUAUCACUACCUUUACAACUUAUCAUUUGCAAAUUGCAUAUUUUUGUCGGUUAUAUACAAUACCGACAAGACGGUUAAGAAACAUUUCGCUUGAUCAACAGGUUUCUUCAGUCGAAUACAGAAGAAUAUAACACAGAAAACAGAAAUGAACAGGUAAUUUCAGGGUGAGCAGUUCUUUAACUUUAGGCAAAAGUAGAGGAAUGAGGCCAGCCCUUAUAUACUGGAACAAAAGUGAGGUGUAGCAGGUGAAAAUGAAGGCAAAUGUGAGCAGGGCCUACUAGUGGUAGUAGAUCAUACUAAAAUCUGGCAGGUUCAAAUUAAAUCUUAAGUCAAAGAUAUUUGCAGUUCAAAAGCUGCUAAGAAUUAAAUAACAAAGAGGUACAAUACCGUGACUAGAACAGUACAUAAAUAACCUGCACAUAGAGAGAAAAGCUUAUGACGACGUUUCAGUCCGACUUGGACCAUUUACAAAUUCACACUGACAGAAGGGGACAAAGACAGUAGAAAGAGAAGAAGAAAAAGUACUGGUGGUUGUGG